CAAGUUCACUAACAAGUCGUCAUAGCACCUCCCAGUGCUACCGCGCACAUACCAGGAGAGCUUACAGGCUGAAACAGCAAACUUUUCUCUAUCCCUACACGUGAACUGUAAUUUAAUAUUUGUGUUCAUGACGGUAAUUUGAGAAUAACCUCACGUUUCUUUUGUUUCCCAAAUGGUUUCAGUCAACGUUGUUCUCAAAGACACGCAGCGCCCUUUGCGUUAAGCUAUAACUUUAGCUAGCCAAGAUAUGCUUACUGCUGUGCGGUGUAUGCUGUCUAAGCUGGUUUCUCCAUUGUGGAGAGCAGUAGAGGUGAAUGGAGAAGACAUUUUCUCCGGUGCAUCAGGCACGGAGGACAUUCGUCACCUGCGGGGCAGUGUGGUAACCCAGCUGUGCCUUGACUAUGGCAUGAUAGACGAUGUGAUCUACUUCACAAGUGGAGAGGUGUUGGGAGGGACGCCAGUCAAAGUAGGGGAUCUUGUAAACGGCGUAGCGGUACGAGAUGGUGCCCAAGGAGGAUGGAAAGCUUUAAGGGUAGAGAAGAUUGCAGAUGCUUGGGAAGAUGGCGGAAGACCCUCCCUAGAAGCUGACAGUAUGCAGCUGCGGCCCCUCAUUGGCACAGUCACAUCUUUUGAUGGAGAUGGCGGCUACAUAAACCAGACCACAUACUUCCCACGCUACAGUCUUUGGGAAGGUUAUGAGCCAAUGAAAGGUGACUGGGUCCAAGCAAAAUAUACUAUCAGUCCUACCCAGUGGACCACCCAGGCUCAUUCUGUGGCCCCUUUACGCUAUUGCCGCCUAGACCAGGUUCAUGUGACCAGCAUGUAUGGUAACAACGGAGUGGUGGAGGACAGUGUGUUCUUCAGUCUAGACUCUUUGCUGCUGCCAGCCAACUACCAGCCUUUGCCAGGGCACCUGGUCAACCUUGUGAUGGUGGAGAGUAGUCAGUCACUCUACACUUGGAGGGCCCUGUGUAUGGCACCAUGCCAACAGAGUGUAAAUGUUUCUGCUAAACCUCUGCCAGAGGCUGAACUCCAGAGCCUUUUGGAAAACAAAGGGGAUCUGCAUGUAACGGACUAUGGCCAGUUUGGGGAACUGAUGAUUGGGGAGAAAAGAGAACUGGUGUUGUGGAUACAAAAUCAAGGUUCCGAUACCCAGACCCUUAAGUGCUGUGACUUUGCUGGCUUGGACUCAGAAGAACAGUUCACCCUGGUUAGUGUCAAAGGGUCUGCACCAUCGAGACAGAAACAACAGCAGUUGCAAGAAAACAGCUCUGAUGUAAAAGAAGUAGACAAAGAUAAUGGCAAGGUGCUGAAGGAGACUAUCCAUUCUCCUGGCAUAAGGCGAGAGGAGAGGGAGGUGGAUAUUCCACCAGGAGAGAGGCUGUCUGUUGUAGUAGCCUGCCAAGCAAAGAGCCUGGGAAGCUGUGCUGAACUACUGUUGCUGCACUUCUCCUCUUUCACCAUCGGGAGGCGCCUAGAGGUCACUGUCGGCAGUGAAGAGGGAAAUUUGCUGCAGCCGUCUGUGCCCUACAGCCCCAGUGAUGUGCGGCAAGUCUCAACGAUUCCAGGUCACGUGGUCACUGUUUCUGCUCCAAAAGAACCCCCAAGGCUUUCUAAGCGACGGUUGCCAAGCUUCCUGCAACACUACCCACUGCCCCAGGCUCUCAGAGACUGUGUGGAGUCGACGAAUGACGUGCUAGUAUUUCAGCCCUGCUUAGGAGAGGUGCUGUCACCAUGCAACAUGCAUUCACGUUUCUCCGCCCUUCUCUGGCUGGAAGAGCUGCAUGCAGAGAGUGAAAUGAGGGAAUUCACAAUCAGCGGGGCCCUUCUCAGGAAAGGAGCAGGCUAUCUGCACCUAGAUGUUCCUGGGUUAGCUGAAGGCAGACCCAGUCUCAAUAUUGGUGACAGAAUAGUUCUGAAGAAACCACAGAGCAACGGUGUGGUAAUGGAGUUUGUUAGUUAUGUCACAGAGAUCCAUGAUGAGAAUGUGAGUUUGAGAGUGAACUCAGAGUUUCAGGACAGAUACCUCGGAGAGCCACUUGAUAUUGAAUUUACUUACAACAGAUUGACCAUGAGAAGGUGUCACAACGCACUUGACCAGUCAAAACAGAUUGUGGACAUUCUCUUCCCUACUACAGUGACUCUUCAACCCCCUCAGUGGACAGGGGAGUGGAUAGAGGAGCUGGACCAAAACAAAAUGAUGAAUGACAAUGAGGCUCCAGCCAUGGAGAAUGGAAAGUUGUCAACCAUUUCUAUCGAUAUGAAGUCAAAGGCCACACAGACUAAAGAUGGUAUCCUGCCAUCUAAGCCCAUCCCCAGCAAAGGGCACUUCUUUAACCCGGACCUCAACCCCCCUCAGAGAGAGGCAGUGAAGAGGAUCCUGGCAGGAGAGUGUCGGCCCACUCCCUAUGUGCUGUUUGGACCGCCAGGCACAGGAAAGACCAUCACCCUCAUAGAGGCCAUACUACAGGUUUACCACUUUGUGCCCAGCAGUCGCGUACUCGUUUGUACUCCUUCCAACAGUGCUGCUGACCUCAUCUGCAUCCGCCUGCAUCACAGUGGCUUCCUGCAUUCUGCAAGCUUGGCUCGUGUUAAUGCAUCCUGUAGGCAGGAAGAGGCCAUACCAGAAGUGCUGAGAUUGUACUCGAGGGCAGGAGAAGACAUCCGUCAUGCUUGCUUCAACAGGAUUGUGGUCAGCACCUGCUCCAGUGCUGGGAUGUUCCAAAAUAUGCGACUGCAAGUGGGACAUUUUACCCAUGUGUUUCUGGAUGAAGCCGGCCAGGCUACAGAACCAGAGUCCUUGAUCCCCAUAAGUCUUGUAUCAGAAAAAGACGGACAGAUAGUGUUGGCUGGAGACCCUUGUCAGUUAGGUCCAGUAGUGAAAUCCAAGCUGGCUGCUGCCUUUGGCCUGGGGGUGUCUUUGUUGGAGAGGCUGAUGGCCAACCCGCUGUAUUCCAGACAUGACUGGGGAUACAACCCUAAGCUGGUGACUAAGCUGAUCUACAACUACCGUUCUCAUGAGGCCUUGCUCACGCUGCCCUCCAAGCUCUUCUAUCAGGGUGAACUGUGUUUUAAAGCCUCCAAGGACAUAGUAGAGUCUCUCUGCCAGUGGAAAACCCUGCCCAAAAAAGACUUCCCACUCCUGUACCAUGGAGUCAGGGGUACAGAAAUGAGGGAAGGUAACAACCCAUCAUGGUUCAACCCAGUGGAGGCUGUACAGGUCAUGCUCUACUGCUGCCAGCUGGCCAAGAAGCUCUACAACCCUGUAGAUGUCUUGGACAUCGGUAUCAUUGCUCCAUACAAGAAACAAUGUGAGAAGAUUCGAGUGCUGCUGGGUAAGGUGGGCUUGUCUGACAUCAAAGUGGGCUCUGUGGAGGAGUUCCAAGGACAAGAGUUCCUGGUCAUCAUCUUGUCAACGGUGCGCUCUAAUGAAUCACUGGAUAGCGAUGAUUUGCAGAAUAUGCUCGGCUUUCUGUCCAACCCCAAACGCUUCAAUGUCGCCAUCACUCGUCCCAAAGCCCUUCUCAUAAUUGUUGGAAACCCCCACAUUCUCAUCAAGGAUCCAUGCUUCAGGGUUCUACUGCAGUACUGUUUCAUCAACGGGGCGUAUCUGGGCUGCGACCCCCCUCCAUCCUUGAGAGAGACUCAGAUUGUUGCAGAGGAGAAAAAGAGUGCAUAAUACAAGGAUGAUGUAGUCAUAGAAGGUAUACCUCUGCACCCUCAACCUGUUAUCAUGCUCUCAGGUUUUGUCCUCUUUACAUUUCCUUGGCUUCUCUCUGUUGACUCUUGAGCUGCAGCUGUCUAGAUCAGUGUUACAGCUUAAUUGGGUUGAAAAAGGGAAACAUCAUGUUUCUGUCAAAGCUAAAUACAGUUCCAUUCUGGGAUAGAAAUAGAGAUGAUGCUCAUGUACUACACAAUUAUUUCUGUGUCCUGUGAUUAUUAAGAUGAUGUGCUUGACUGUGCAUAAGAUUUUUCAAUUAAACUGUCACAGAUUAUUGGUAAA